CGCCGGUGGAGUUGGGCGCGGGCGCGCGGUGCUUGGUGCGCGCCACCGCCCCUCGGCCUAGCUUGCUGGCCUUCCCCACCUAAGCCCUUGGCCGGUUCAGCUGGCCCCACCCCUUCUUCCUCUAUUGGCCGGGAGGUCUGGUGCGCGGUGCAUCGCGACGAUCGCGGCCUGGCUCUCGGGGCAAGGCGGUUUUGGCGCUUGAGGGUGGCACGCCAGGCACGGGGCGUGAGGCAGAGCUGGCGCGGCAGGGUGCUGGGGGAGGGUCCGGCGGAGCCUCCAGAAGAGAGCAGGGCCAGGCGGGGGGUGCCGAGGCAAGUGAUCCUCUGGAGCUGAGGGAGCAUCAUGGCUGUUCUCUCUUCAGUGUUUCUGGAAGCCAAGAAUGCCCAUGCAGUCCUGAAACGGUUCCCUCGUGCCAAUGAGUUCCUGGAGGAGCUACGUCAGGGCACCAUCGAGCGGGAGUGCAUGGAAGAGAUUUGCAGCUAUGAAGAGGUCAAGGAAGUAUUUGAGAACAAAGAGAAGACAAUGGAGUUUUGGAAGGGAUACCCAAAUGCAGUCUACUCAGUCCGAGACCCUUCCCAGAGCUCAGACGCCAUGUAUGUGGUGGUGCCCCUUCUGGGGGUAGUCUUGCUGAUUGUCAUUGCCUUGUUUAUCAUCUGGAGGUGCCAACUGCAGAAAGCAACUCGUCACCACCCCUCCUAUGCUCAGAACCGGUACCUAGCUAGUCGCGCCGGACACAACCUCCCCCGAGUCAUGGUGUAUAGGGGCACUGUGCAUAGCCAGGGAGAGUCCUCUGGGCACCGUGACACAGGGAAUAAUCCACAGAUUGUUCUGGGGCCCAGCCGGGGAGGUAGAACCACUGUCCGGUUGGAGAGUACCCUCUACCUCCCUGAGCUCUCUCUCUCCAGACUGUCCAGUGCUACCCCUCCCCCAUCCUAUGAAGAGGUGACUGCACCCCAGGAGGGUAGCAGUGAGGAGGCCAGUGUCUCUUACAGUGACCCUCCCCCAAAGUAUGAAGAGAUUGUGGCAGCCAGCCCCAGUGCAGAAAAGUAGCUGAGCACAGGCCCCGGCCUGUAAAAAAGCCUCUGCCAGAGGUAGACUGCUUUCUUUUGGACUUCUGAAAGACUGUGCCACCACAAAACAGCCUUAGCCUCCUUGUUGCCAAAUAAUUCCCUAACCGUGUAGGAAGUCAUUUGGAAGAGACAGUUGGUAUGUGUGCUCUUAAGUGCCAGGGGUAGGGGGAUGGGAGAACAGGGGCACAAAGGACAAGUGCAUGAUCCCCCUGGGAGGAGCUACAGACUUGAGAGCCCAAGUCUUCCAGAUCCCCUGCCCCCAUCACCAAGUCCCCACUAUCCAGCCCCUCAUUAGGAACUGGCUUCUUUUAAGCCAAAGGCACCAUCCUAUGGUGUUGAUUGUGGCUAGAAUGACCACAGGCUCAUCACCUGGGCCUUUGGGGCUCUCUGGGGACCCCUGUAUGUCUCGGGACCUAGGUCAAAGCCAGCCCUACAGUUCUUCAUUUCUGAAUAGUCCAUGCUUACUGUUCUCAUUUAUAUUAUGAGGACAGAAAUAAGGAUUGAAUUAGGAACAAAACACACAUAGUAACAAAUAAUGAAUCAUAGAAGAAAACAAGAGUACCUGGACUAUUUUAGCCCUCCAAAAGAAAUCAAUUGAAAAGACCUUGGCACAGCCUUCCUCCAACACCCACCCCUAUGCUCCUGACCAGGGUGAAAUUUAUAUGUAGAACAACCCGCAGGAGUACAGGGCAUGGGAAGGAGGAGGGGAGGGGGCUGGGUGGCAGAGCUCUUUUUUCCAGAUCAAUCAAGGGGCCCACUUGAACUCUGCCAUCUUGUUUCUGAUGUGUACCAGAUGUGCUAAAACAUGUAGGGCUGGCAUAAGCCCCAAGUGUGGGGGAAAUUGAUAACCCCUUUCCCCAUAGAGUCCAAGGCCUUUCCCUGGGUAUUACAAACUGGCACAUAGAGCUCAAGAUUCCUCCUUUUGGGGGUUGAUAAAUCCAUAAGGUAGUUAAAACCAUGAGCUCCACCUCCUUGGCACUGUGCUAGCUGGCUUUGAAGUUUUAGGAUACUUCCUUCUCUUGUAAAUAGGUGCAUUGAACUUGAACUUCAGCUUGUGAAUUCUCCUAAUGAUGGUGCCCAUUUAGGGAGAAGUUCCCGAAGUGUCUCUUUAAAUUUCUCAUAGUUGGGGAACCCUUGACCUGGGAUCUAAAGCCCACCUGGGAUUUGCUUUGCCAUGGCCAGGUGCUGCUCUAUUUUCAUUGAGGCUUUGGAAGACAUUGGGAAGAAGUGACUUGCUCUUUACCUGUCAGUGAUGAAGUAAAAGACAUUGUUGAUACCAUCUCUACCCACCCUAGCUCUAUUCUCCUGGUUUCUGUGCUAAAUCAUUUUUCCUCUGUGGUGCUUUAAAAAAUGUAGCACAUUUUUGUUGGGCUCAAAAAGAGUGCAUAGCGUGGGUCUGUUGGCAACUGAAAUGGUUUCCAACCCACAGAGUUGAUAAGCUUCCUUCUGUCUAAACAGCCCUCCAAGGCAGAUGCUGAGACACAUUCCUUGAAUGCAGCCCUGUCUUGAGGCCUCAGAUAACUUUUAGAGGCUGUUCUAGUGUUGAGGACUUUCCCGGGAGGGUGUUUUUACUCAAGCUUAUGUUCUUACCCCAGUGAGGAUGCCAGCGUGGAUAACUCAAGCCUGUGACUCCCCUACCUCACCAUCCCAUUAGAGGCUGAUGAAACUAAUGUUUAUGAAGUGUUUGAAGCGCCAUGGAACCAGUGAAGCUUGCCUUUACCAAGAUUCUUCUAGAAAUAAGCAGUAGCUAUAAGAGACUGGUUUUAACUGAGGGCUUCAAGUGCCUCUGAUGUUGAGUGUCAACCUGAAGUGUCCGUCUCUUUCCAUUUGACCCUUUGUAGGCCUUCCUCUUUCCCCAGAGGUUCCUGACACCAGAAAUGCUGAACAGGUGGCAUUCCUCCUUUUUUCCCUCCAUUGACCUUCUUCUUCUGUCUCUUUCUGCUUUCUUUUCUUCAUGUCUUCCCUCUUCCCUUUUAUUUCCUUCCAUUUUUCUUUUUAUUCUUUUUCUUCAUUAGUGUUCUAGUAUUGCACUCUGGCCUUUCCUUAUGAAGGAAUUUGGGGCUCAGAAGUCCCCUACUUUUUCAUGAUGGAGAUUGGGAUCAAUCUCAUCCAGAUAUGUUGGAGAUCCAGAGCUAGAAGCUCCGGUGCCAGCUCAGCUUCUCCCAGCAUUUUGUUAAGCUAGUGCUUGAUUGUGACUUGGGAUACAUGAAAACAGACUUAGCCCAGUGUAACUCCUCUCCAGGUUGCAGAAUGUCAGGCAUAGGCUCCCCUGACUAGAGCCACAUAGUGGAUGUCAAGGAAUGCCUACUGCUUUUGGCAUCUGUUGAGGUUUUUCUUUUGAGUUGCCUGGCAGCUAGAGGCUAGGGAUGUGUGGGUAAGAGCAGGAAACUGACUCCCAAGGCCUGUAGAAAGUGACAUGUAGCCCACAUGGGCUGAAGACUUGAUGCAGGGUGAGUGAGAAGCAGCUCCUUGGAUGUGGCCAAUGGGCUCUGGGUCAGGUGCUUCACAGAGCUCUUUCAGGUGACUUGUGCCAAGGCCUCUGCAAUGGUUUUCAUAGCAUAGUGUUUAGUACAUAUAAUGGGCAUAAUUCCUCAAGGUGCACACUUGGAUUUUACGAAUGCCCUGUACAUAUCUUUUCAAACUCUGUCUUUGUAUAGACAUUGAUUUGAUACAAUGCUAACACUUCAGUAGCCACAUUUUGUUUGUUUGAGAUGUGUGAGUGUGUAUGUGUGUGUAUACAUGUGGGCACGUUGUCUUUUCUCAUUGCUUCUAUGAAAUGAUAGCUGGUGUGUGGUUGUUUGUCCCAGGAGAGAUCUGCUCUGAGGGGAAGACUGUCUUCGUGUUAUGAGGCCUGCAUUCUGUGGGACCCCUUCCCACUCACAUGCCUUUUGGCAUGGUGCCCCCUGCCUCAGCUCCUAUUCUGGCAAAUCUGAGCACUGUGUGUGUGUGUGUGUGUGCGUGUGCAUGUGCUUGCGCGUGCGCGUGUGCGUGUGCGUGUGCGUGUGCGUGUGUGUGUGUGUGUGUGUGUGUGUGUGUGUGUGUGCGCGCGUGUGUGUAGAUGUGUGACUGUUGACUUUGGAAAUGGUGGGUGAGACUAGUUACUUAGAUAUUUUUCACUAAAAAUGAAAAAGGCUUUAAAAAUUCCUUAAAAUAUUACCGUCACUUGUUUUCAACCAAAACCUUUUUAAUACUUUUAAAACAAGAAUGGCAACCUAGUCAGUCCCCUCCCAGACUGCCUAUCACUUUGGGUUUUCAAAAUGAAAGCACAAGAGAAAGAGUGGGGUGCACAGGUGCCUGGCAUGUGCAUACCCUGCACAGCUGUGUUGUGCCCUCACUGAGAGAGCUGUGAUCCUGAGCAGUUGGACCCAGGAAACUGAGGCCUCCGCUGCUACUUGCCAAUCCCACUGCCAUUGGUGUGAAUUCCUUAGGGUGCUCCAGCAAACAAGCAUCUGCCCAAUUGUUUGGACAUCGUCUUUUUGGUAGUUCAAACAUUAGGGACUAGGGACAAGCAGUGAAUUCUGUUUAAGCAGUUAGUGCCAGAUGCUUCCCCUCUCCCAACUGGAUGAUAACUCCCUAGAUCCCAGACUUGAUGGAUCUUUUGACAACCAAAUGCAUCCCAUGAGAAAACCAAGAAAAAAAUCCAACAUUGUCACUAGAUUGUCUUUUAAUUCAAGUGAGAGCAAGAUUGCAGAGAGAGGCUGACUUGCCAUGAUUGUGUCUUUUUGAAACAGUGGGUAUGCUCUGACUGUGUGUCUGCUGGGCACACAACAGACACAUAGUCUCAGCUUGUCAAAUGCUGAAGUUCCAUUCCCAGGCGUCACCUAUUCUGAAACAGUCACAUCUUCCCCAUUGAAGUCUCCUAAUACUAAUCAGUAUAAUUAGCUAAUUUUAGAUUGCUACAAUCAGACUGCUUCCAACUACAGUAAAAACCCAUUAAUUUGAGCCCACUAAUUCAGGACCUAGAGGAAAUCCAAAUUGGAGAUAAUUCACAGUAACUGCUGUUUUUGCUACAUAAAAGUAUUUGAAAGUCUCCCUUUCAGUCAGUCUUCAGGGACUUCUGUAUAAAAGGAAUUAGUUUUAAAAUGGGUACACUUUUCAAAGGAAAAGCUUGAGGUACCAAGGAUCCCGUCAUUGUGCCUUCAGCUUGGAGUUUAGCAGUUCUUGUGUUUGUAAGGCUCUUUCUGUCAGGGUUAUCCCUUGUUCUCUCUCCAUUGUAGGGAUGCUAGUUAUUGCAGCCUUUUGCUCCGUGUCGUAUUUAUCCUGUGAAUAACAUAGUUUGUGAUCUUGACUGCAAUUUAAACACAAGUAGGUGUCUUUCUAAGAGUUCUGUAAAGCAGAUGUUGCACUAGCAGACUGCCUGCUCUCAUUCACUCCCAUGUCUUCAAAUUUUGGAGCUUCUCCUUUCCCAGGCCGUGGGAGGUGAAUCUCUCUCUAGCAAGAAUUUCUCUGACAAAGAUCUCCAAAUAGCACAGCCCCUCAGCUCAAUGCCGCAACAGUUGUUUCAUUGUACUGCUAUCUGACCGCUAAAUGUGCCUGCCCUUUUCCAGCCCCCAGCAAGCAUUAAGACUGAUAUUGGGACCAACCCUCCAGCUGCUUUUUGCCACCCAACCUGUCUUGCCUCACUGAUGCCAUUUUCCCAUGCCUGAAUCCACCUGCUAUUUUACUCUGUCAUUAUGAAUUUGUGACAGUGGCAAUCCUAAUACGUGUAACUAAGCUUAUAGAAAUGAUUGCUGUGAAACGGAUUAAUUUUGGUACCAUUUGAAACUGUACUUGUAUUCAUGUGUUGACUGAUGUCAGCUGGGGCAUCUGUAUAGUCAGUCAUAUGUUGGGAUUUCAAAUGGAGCCUGGGGGCAAUAAACCAACUUGCUUCUGACCUUUCUCAUGCAUGCUCUCUGGCUCUCUUUUUAUAAUUGUUGAGUUUAGCUGUUAACUUUUGUCUCUUUCUGUAAAAGAAAAUGAGUAAAAAUAAAGAUCAAAUGGCAUCCACUUA